AGUACUUUUCUGCUUCAUGGUAAUUACUGUUAAUGCUGAUUAGGGUCAGGUUAGGGUUAAUGAAACAAACUUGGUUUGUCAAGGCAAAUGUUGCCACUAAAAUAAAAAAUAUAUGUUUGAAUAACUAAUUCAUUUUCACAUGUUCAUGACUGUUUGUCCUACUGUGCUAAAAAUCCCUCAGUUUUGAUGGCAGGAAUUUCUGACAGUAUAAAACACUGCAUCAGAAUUUAAUACCUUCAUUAAAUAAAUAUAUAAAAAAAUCGGUAGAAAUGACUGACAGUAUCGUCAGAAUAUAAUACCAGAAAAAGAAUAACAGAAAGAUUGCGUUUUAUCACAACAGUAUUUGCUGUUUAAACAUUUGAAGAUGUUGGCAUUGUGUAAUUGAAUUGACAGUAUUGCUAUCCUUGUCGAGCAGUACAUUCUGCUAGGACACUAGAUUCGGAGCACCGGUAGCUCUGCACACACCGCUCAGCCUCCGUCAUGGUGGAGCUGUUUCAGGGCAAGGUCCUCAUCAAGAACAAUAAGGACCGUGAUGAUCUGGACACGGACAGGGAGCUGUGUCUGCAGCUGGGCAACAAGGUGCUGCUGCUGUUCUUCGGGUCGGGGGAGUGCCCACGCUGCCAGGAUUUCACCCCGACGCUCAAGGAGUUCUUCGUCCAGCUCACAGACGAGUUCUACGUGGACCGAGCCCAGCAGCUGGCCCUGGUCUACGUUUCCCAGGACGAGAGUGAGGACAAGGAAAGCAAGUUCCUCAAAGACAUGCCCAAGCGUUGGCUCACCCUGCCCUUCGAGGAUGAGUACAAGAGGGAGCUGGAGCACAUGUUUGGGGUUGAAGACACCCCUGCGGUGGUGGUCCUGAGGCCAGACGGGACGGUGCUCUCCCAGAAUGCUGUGGAGGAGAUCUCCCGGCUCGGGUGCGCCUGCUUCAAGAACUGGCAGGAGGCGGCCGAGCUGAUCGACCGCAGCUUCACGCUGGCCGAGGAUUUCGACGACAAACCCAGGCGCAGCGCCAUGGAGCCCCUGCGCAGACUCAAAUACAAACUGGACAAGAAGAAGAAGAAGGGGCAGGCAGAGGAGGACGAGCAGGGAGGGGAGCCUCGGUCCUGAGGGAG